GGCAGGCUAUGUGUGAUGUAGGGCAUUAUGCAGUCAGUAAUCAAUCAAUGAGGAAUCCUGUUUACGGUCCGUCUCGCUAUAUAUGUUCAUGGACACAUCGAUACACACGAAUCACGCAUCGGGCUUGCUCGUGUCUGCAUCGGGCACUGGGGGCUUCUCGGGCAUGGCCAUCAAGAAGGUCUGCUCACCUGACGCACACAAAAGAAAGAACACACAUGCUUGCACGCGGCUGCGUGGCCCAUGAAUCCACCCACUCACCAAGAAUGGGGUUGAAUCCGGCGUGAUUCCUGUAGGCUAGAUUGGUCGCACGGACCUUCUCGCGAUACUGCAUACGGCCGGCCACAGAAAAGCAUGCCGGACUGCUCUCUUUCGCCUGUGGGGAGUGCACUCGAUCCACUCACUCACCUGCGCCAUCAGGUCGGCAUGCUGCAACCUCCGGCCCUCCUCACUUUGGUCAUAACGCAAUGUGACGAUAUCGAACGGCGCCCUGAGUUGAAAUACGGACGCACACACGGGAAUAUUGUGGCCGUGUCUCCCUCCCUCUGUUGCUGUCUGCUGGGCUCACCCACCCCGAUCUGUUUUUGAAUGCCUUCUGUGAGUACAUCUGCAGGUUCUGCACACGCUGCUUGUCACACUGCACACAACGCAGACAGACAGACAGACAGACAGGCAACCCGCACGCACAUGUGCAGCAAGCAGUGCGCAUCCGUGAAUUCGUAUGUAGGUAGCUGUGUGUGCGGACGGACCUCUUCCCUCUCCUCCAUCCGUCUCCAUCUCUGCUCCUCGCGGCUUUCGCGGCUCAUCCUGUCGCACAGCCAUACAUGUACGUACAAUACACUGGGGGGAUGCCCUCAUGUCCUCUCUCCCGGCUGGCUGCAGACAGACAGACAGCCUCACCGUACCGUCUGUUCUCGUGGAACUGGUCCCUCUUUCCUUGUUCCCUCUUCCUGUCCUCCCUCUCCAACUCGGCCACCUCAGCCGUGCGCACAAAACGAUCAAUGGCUGCACCGCACCAAACAGACGCAUACAAAUGGACGGACGGAAGUAUACAGACAACUGUACACACCCGCGCAUUAUAUAUCUGAUGUGCCUGCCUGCCUGCCUACGGUUGGGCAGUGUUGGGUUCUUGGGGUCGUCUUUGAUGGGCUGGAUCAGAUUGCCCGGGUCCUCAUAACGAUGAAAGCCGCCUGAAGACAGAGACAACAUGAAGCAAGCGGCCGACCACCUGUCCAUCCAUCCAUAGUGUCUCACCUGUUCUGUUUCUGAGCCGUUCCUUCUCGAGGCUCUCUCUGUCGCGCAGAGCGUUCCGCUCCGCGCGAGUCCUGCAGGCAAGAGGGCAGUGCAGUGCAGUGCAUGCAGACGUCCAUGUGCUGUCCGUCUUUAUGUCUGUCCAUGUGUGCUCUUACCUCGGCUUGAUCAUGGCAAAAACGACGAGUGGAGAGCAACGAGAGCAACUACGGAGAGCAACGCCCCUCGAGAGGCCCCAGCAGACAACCUUCGAACCGUCAGAGACCGUUCAAAGGCCGUUCGUAUGUCCCUGUGCUAUCCGUCGGUGCUGGCGGCCUCUGAAGCCUCUGAUCCUCUUCAUCAAGCCUCUG